GAUGAAGGAGCAUCGAUCGGUGCUUGUCGAUUGAUUCAGAUUGGAUAUGAGUGAAGCGCGCAAAGGGGCUAUUAACGCAAACAUAGCCAUUGGGCGCACAGCGCAGCGCACACCGUUUAUAGACUCACGACUCACUCCAUGCUCAUCCACCCCACCAACCACGCAACCUUUCGCAAAUCCAGUCCGGGCAACCAACCAAUUAAAGGGCAGGAAGCGACGAAUCCUCAUUAGACUUGGAAAGGAGCGCGCGCGAGCAGAGCAGAGCAGUUUCACGCGAGUCGAGGCGGCCCAUCACACGCAUCCAGGCUUUGGCUUCUGGGAGGCGGCGGGCGCAAAGCUAUACGAUGGGCCUGUGGGAUUAUGGUAGUCGAUUGGUGUCUAGCUUGUCGGGCGCGGGUGCGGGUCAGAGUCAGAGUGGCAAAGGAUUGAUAGCAGAGGUGAAUCCGGUGCUGGGUUCGCUCUACGACCUUUCCACUUCACACUCCGCACAAGCACAAGCACAAGCACAAGCACAAGCACAAGCAUCCAGCGCAUCGCCAUCCAACCCCAUCCCCAACUCCAACUCCAACUCCAUCUCGCCCUCUUCUUUGCCCUCCCUCCUGCGCGCACACGCCCCCACACUGCUUCAUGGACCCUUCACACCUACUCGCUGGUUAUCCCUGCCCCUCACCUCCCUCGCUUCAGGUCAUGCCCAAACCAUCUACAGCGUACUGGCCCCCACCCAAAAGCCAGACUACGAUCCGGUCAGGUACAAGAGGUAUGUGCUGCUCACCACGGAUGGAGGCACACUCAGUGUGGAUGUUGCCGAACCCGAGUUGCAGGAUGCUUGGCGUCAUGGUGCGCGGGGUGAGCACACGCACGAGCACGCGGAUCAGCAGUCAAAGACCGACGAAAGCAGACCUACGGUGGUCAUUGCGCAUGGAUUGACAGGCGGAAGUCACGAGAGCUACGUGCGGCACCUCAUCUCCCACCUCGUCACUCCCUCUCCUCAGCGUUCAGCAUCCAAAUUGUACAGGUGCGCAGUGAUCAAUUUCAGAGGAUGCGCCAACACUCCCGUCACUUCACGACAAUUGUACAGCGCCAUGAAGACGGCAGAUUAUGCGAGCGGCUUGUCUUGGAUUCGCAAUCAAUGGCCCGACAGUGUGUGCGUAGGCGUCGGAUUCUCCCUCGGAGCCAAUGUGGUGUCGCGCUACCUGGGCGAGUGGGGCGAUCAGGCUCAGCUAUGGGGUGCUGCCGUGCUCGCGGCUCCCUUUGACACUCUAGCAGGUUCGCACUCUCUCGAGUCUGGUCUUCUCGGACCCAUCUAUUCCAAAGCCAUGUGCAACAACCUGUCCGCCCUAGCCCGCGCACACAAGGACACGCUCUCCCUCGACAAAUCUCUUCGACCAGCUCUUCGACAUCUUUUGGGGCCGCCUACUGAUCAGACGGACCAGCUGGACAGAGAGAGGCAUCAGAAAAGAGGGACGUUGAAAUGGGUGGAUGAUACGCUCACUAGACUUGUCGGGGGUCAUCAGCAACCUUUUGGAUUGUUCCCUUUUGAAAGCUCACACGCUUACUACUCCAACGCUGGAGCGCUGUCUGUGUUGAAGCACGUGGCUAGACCUCUGUUGGUGCUCAAUGCCGACGACGAUCCCAUCGUUGCGCCAGAGAGCGUCAAGGGCGUACGACAAGUCAUCGGUCUAGAUGCCGAGCAGGACGUGCAUCAAGAUGGCUCAGCCCGAGAACGUGGCAAUGCGAACAUUAUCCUAUGUACGACGCGAGGCGGAGGACAUUUGGGCUGGUGGCAAGGAAAUAGGAAUCCGACGAGGUGGUUGGCCAAGCCUGUAGGAGAAUUUGUGGAUGCCAUGGUCAAAGGGGCUCAGGAUGUUUUGGCUUCUGCUGACGACGCCAUGCAGCAUUCGGCCGGCCCAGCGCAAAAGAGGAGGACAAAGCAAGUAGCUAUCGAAGCGGAGCUUUUGGAUUGCGAGCUUCUGCCAGCUUGGGAUGUGCAAGCCGAGUCGGAGACGGAGGAAGAAGAUGCAAGAAGGACUGAAAGCGGAGACAAGGUCAAGAAGGGCACGCAGACUGCGGGCAAUACUACGACUUCGGCGAAAGCCGCGGCGCUAGCUCCUGUAAAAGGAGGAAGACACGCUUGGCUCUUGAGCCCCGUACUGCCCCUACCAAAGGCGGAUGCGAAAGCGCACAAUCACCUUUUGCAUCCCAGCAUGAGCUCGAGAUACAGCGGACCGGCUAAAGGUCGAGGAGAGAUUUUGAAAAGCUUCAUGACGGUAGACGAAGAAAAACUGGAAAUCGGAUAUUGUCUCUUGCCCGACCAUUCGAAUGUAGCUGGAGCAGGAUCCAUCUUCCGUGGUGGGGUGGAUACGCCAGGCUCCAAAGAGAGCGGAGGAGCAGCUACUGGCUCAGGCACUAUCCGAGGUCUGUGAAUUCCCCCACCCUUUCAAGCCCAUGCACGCAUAGAUCAGCCCCCACCUCUUUCCUGCCUGCCUGCCUGCCUGCCUGCCGCAAGCCGCAUCGCUGAGCUUCCAUGUACAUGUAGCUCAUCAUCUGGGCACUCGACAUUCUCCCACGUACACACGCUCCGCAUUUGUGAUCCGCGAAAACUCGCCACAUUGGGCAAGCAUCGCAUCGACUUGCGCAAUUCCGAGCAACCUUUCAAUUUGCCCCUCUCAAGGGGACAAGACAACUUUUCCGACUCUUCUGACUCUUCGCAAAACAUUUUGACUUGCUCCACGCGUGCCCCGUGCAGAAGCCGGCGGUGUGGAAUCAAGCAUCGCAUCGCGAGGCUUCGCAAUAUGGACUUGUAAC